AUGAAAUUCGAUGUUAAAUCAAAGAAAGAGUUUAUUCAAUUCUAUCGUCAAAAACAACGCGUUGGUAAUACUAUAAUUGAUGAAUUGGAACAUAACUAUGGCAUGCAUACACCUAUUUGGUGGUAUACUCGCGAUUGUUGUCUUUCUGAUAUCAUCGAUCAAGCAUUUAGAUUACAAAAUUUUUAUACUAUUAUCAAAAUGAGAUUCUUUAUACAAGAUCUUCAUAAACAAAUUGAAAAGCUUUAUAAAACUCCAUCCGAAAAAUUGACACUUUAUCGAGGUCAAGGAUUAACACCUGCACAUUUUGAGCAAUUGCGAACAAUGCAAGGUGGUCUUUUUUCAUUCAACAGUUUCUUAUCAGCAAAUGUCGAUGAAAAUGUAGCUUUAUUUUAUGCUGAUCAUUCUCGGCAUGAUUCGGAUUUAAUAGGUAUUGUUUUUCAAAUAAAUAUUGACCCUACAACUCGUAUUUCUACGAGAUAUGCUUCGUUGGAUAAUGAGAAUUAUCAUUCGGACGCAAAACAAGAAUUCUUAUUCGCGAUACAUACUAUUUUUCGAGUUGGUGAGAUGAAACAACUCGACGAGCAACUCUGGAAGAUUGAACUGUCAUUAACAAGUAAUGAUGAUAAAGAUAUCAGACACAUUAACGAAUAUAUUCGACGAGGAACACAAGGUUCGACUGGAUGGGAUCGACUCGAUUUUUCCACAAUUCAUAAUGAUAUGGGCUCAUUAUAUCAGUAUACAGGAGAAUAUGCGAAAGCAUUAGAGUCCUAUGAAAUGGCAUUGAACAUCGAAAAAAAAUCUAAUCCUGUUAAUUGUUCAAAUCUAGCUAUUAUUUAUGAUAAUAUUGCUAAAGUAAAUAAAACUAUGAAACAAUAUUCAGCAGCGCUACAGUACUAUCAAAUUAUAUUGAAAAUUCAUAAAGCAUGUAUUCCUUUAAAUUAUCAAAAAUUAUCUGCUACCUAUAAAAAUAUCGCCGAAAUACAUUACUCUAUGGACGAAUAUCCUCAAGCAUUGAAAGCAUUUCAAAAAAUACUCAAUAUUCAGCAAAAUUAUCUUUCUCAAAAUUAUAUAGAUAUGGCUGAUAUUGAGAGCAACAUUAGUCAAGUGUAUGAAAGCAUGGGAGAACAUUCGAAAGCAUCCGAGCAUUAUGAAAGUGCACUCAAGUAUUGUCAAAUGCUUCUCGAAUCUCACAAAGGGGACGUUGCCAAUUUGGCUAUUAUCUAUAAUAGCAUUGCUUCAAUAUAUAAGAAUAAGAAAGAUUAUUUUAAAGCAAUCGAAUUUUAUCGAAAGACAAUAGAAAUCUUGAAGAAAUUUCCCCAUGUGACAAGACCAGAUUUGGCAGUAACAUGCGAUAACAUUGGUCAAAUGUAUGAAAGUAUACAUGAUAGCAAAACCGCACUGUUCGCCUAUAGACAUGCGAUGCAAAUUGAACAGCAAGCAUCACCUCCAAAUCCUACUCAACUGCAAUUAUAUCAAAAACAUUAUCAUGAUGGUUUAACAAAAGGAAACGAUACUUUUACAAUGAGUGUACCUGCAUCCGCAAAACUUUUCUUCUUUUAA